ACAUUCAGUCAGAAGAAAGCCGCUGUAGAGAGGGACUAUGCCCAGGUGAGUGUUAUUCUCUCUCUCUCUCCAUCCAUCGUUAGUUCGCUCUCUCUAUCCCUCUGGAGUCGUGUUCAUUUCUGCAUAUGGAUGCCAUUUCAUUGUGGCAUUGCUGUCGUCUUCUCAUUUGUGUCGGCAAAACAAUUAUCUCCCAAUAAUGACCCACAAAGACACCAACUGCGCCACCAUACGAGGUUUGGGUAUAGUUAAGGUUGCCGUCGUUGGGAGGAUCAGGGCUCAGUUGUGGUCAGAUGGACUCAUCUAUCUCAGGCUGAGAGGAGCUCUAAGGGCUCAGACACAUCAAGAGCGUUUGCUGGCCCAGAGUACUUAGCACCUCCUGAAAGUAAUUUGUGAACCGAGUGCGCACCUAUUUUACAUGUAGAAUCGUAUGAAAAUGUCGGUAGUCAGACACUACAGCGGGUGGUCCCUAAAACAGACGACCGCUAGAUCCUCAUUCAGUGCGAUGUGUGCCAGGCCUAAAGGGUUCUGUCUCAGUUGUGGCAUUUUUGUGUGGCCCACUUCCUCGUGGAGUUGUUUUGGCCACAGCAUCCUGUGGAUGUACAUUUAUGUUUGAAAAUCCCCCUAUCCUCCUGCUUUGUUCUAUUCUGGUUUUGCAUCCCCGUGUGGAAUGUGAAUCAUUACUCUGAGAAGUUAACCAUUACUGCGAGAAAAGAGGGGCCUGGCUCGGGAGUUCCCCCAACCAGGCAGUACCCAGCCACUUUAAUGUGUGUGUGAGAGAGAGAUGUAUUGUUUGUGUCUGUGUUUGUUUUGAGGCAGUGUGUGUGUUGGUAUUUGUGUGUGUCUUUUGAGGAUUUCAUUCACACCCUGCUCACAUGCCAUUCAUAUGUACCACAGUCUUCUAUAUAUCAAGAGGCACCCUCAAGACAGAGCGCCUCCAAGACACUUUCUCACACCCACUCUCCAACCAACACUAUCUAUUUGGCUAAAGAUUCAGGGUGCCACAAGAAAACCAAAGAAAACCAAGUAUUUUGUGCACACACACACACACACACACACACACACUGUGAGCCUGCUGAACAAGAACACUAAACAAUUCCCAUUACCACAUUAUCUAUUCAUGAAUAGCGUUGUUGUGCUAGUAGCUGUGUUCUGCUGCCUCUCUCUAUCUGCCCUAAAGCUCCCGUGAGCCGCUAUAGAUGCACACACAUUUCUUUUUUAAAGACUGAGAUGUGUUAUUUAAGAUACUCUUUUAAGAGGUAAGGUUUCAGAUGUUUUCGGAAGAUGAGCAGGGACUAGCAUCAGGGGGAAGCUGGUUCCACCAUUGGGGUGCCAGGACAGAGAAGAGCUUUGACUGGGCUGAGCGGGAGCUGACCUCCCGUAGGGGUGGGACUGCAAAGAGACCAGAGGUGGCAGAAUGGAGUGCUCGGGUUUGGAUGUAGGGUUUGAGAAUAGCCUGAAGGUAGGGAGGAGCAGUUCCCCUUGCUGCUCUGUAGGCAAGCACCAUGGUCUUGUAGUCGAUGUGAGCUUCAACUGGAAGCCAGUGGAAUGUACGGAGGAGCAUGGGAGAACUUGGGAAGGUUGAACACCAGACAUGCUGCAGCGUUCUGGAUAAAUUGCAGGGAUUUGAGGGCACAAGCGGGGAGCCCAGCAAACUGAGAGUUGCAGUAGUCCAGACGGGAUAUGACGAGAUCCUGGAUUAGGACCUACGCAGCUUCCUGUGUGAGGAAAAGUUAUACUCUACGGAUGUUGUAGAGCACGAACCUGCAGGAGUGAGUCACUGCUUUUAUGUUUUCAAAGAACGACAGGGUGUUGUCCAGGGUCACGGCAAGGUUCUUUGCACCACGGGAGGGGGACACAGUGGAAUUGUCGACCGUGAUGGAGAGGUCUUGGAGCGGGCAGGCCUUCCCCGGGAGGAAGAGCAGCUCCGUCUUGUCGAGGUUGAGUUUGACAUCCAAGCUGAGAUAUCUGCCAGGCACGCAGAGAUGGGGUCGCCACCUGGGUGUCAGAAGGGGGGAAUGAGAAAAGUAGUUAAGUGUCAUCCGCAUAGCAAUGAUAGGAGAGACCAUGCGAGGAUAUGGAAAGAUGAGAGGGCCUAGAACAGAGCCCUGGGAGAAAAAAUGACACCAAAAAUUCAGAAAUGUUCAUCCCCAACUACAACAUUUUCCGUCUAGAUAGAACUGCCAAAGGGGGUGGAGUUGCAAUCUACUGUAGAGAGAGCCUGCAGAGCUCUAUCAUACUAUCCAGGUCUGUGCCCAAACAGUUUGAGCUCCUACUUCUAAAAAUCCACCUUUCCAGAAAUAAGUCUGUCACUGUUGCCGCUUGCUACAGACCCCCCUCAGCCCCCAGCUGUGCCCUGGACACCAUAUGUGAAUUGAUUGCCCCCCAUCUAUCCUCAGUUCGUACUGCUUGGUGACCUAAACUGGGAUAUGCUUAAGACCCCGGCCAUCCUACAAUCCAAACUAGAUGCCCUCAAUCUCACACAAAUGAUCAAGGAACCUACCAGGUACAACGCUAAAUCCGUAAACAUGGGCACCCUCAUAGAUAUCAUCCUGACUAACUUACCCUCUAAAUACACCUCCGCUGUCUUCAACCAGGAUCUCUGCGAUCACUGCCUUAUUGCCUGCGUCCGUAACGGGUCCGUAGUCAAACGACAACCUCUCAUCGCUGUCAAACGCUCCCUAAAACACUUUUACUUUUCUUCCUAAUUGACCUGGCCCAGGUAUUCUGGAUGGAUAUCGAUCUCAUUCCGUCAGUAGAGGAUGCCUGGUUGUUCAUUUAAAAGUGCUUUCCUCUCAAUCUUAAAUAAGCAUGCCCCAUUCAAAAAAUGCAGAACUAAGAACAGAUAUAGCCUCUGGUUCUCCUCAGACUUGACUGCCCUUGACCAGCACAAAAACAUCCUGUGGCGUACUGCAUUAGCAUCGAAUAGCCCCGCGAUAUGCAACUUUUCAGGGAAGUUAGGAACCAAUAUACACAAGCAGUUAGGAAAGCAAAGGCUAGCUUUUUCAAACAGAAAUUUGCAUCCUGUAGCACUAACUCCAAAAAUAUUUGGGACACUGUAAAGUCCAUGGAGAAUAAGAGCACCUCCUCCCAGCUCCCCACUGCACUGAGGCUAGGAAACACUAUCACCACCGAUAAAUCUACAAUAAUCGAGAAUUUCAACAAGCAUUUUGCUACGGCUGGCCAUGCUUUCCACCUGGCUACCACUACCCCGGCCACCAACUCUGCACCCUCCGCUGCAACUUGCCCAUGCCCCCCCGCUUCUCCUUCACACAAAUUCAGACAGCUGAUGUUCUGAAAGAGCUGCAAAAUCUGGACCCCUACAAAUCAUAUGGGCUAGACAAUCUGGACCCUUUCUUUCUAAAAUUAGUAGCCAAAAUUGUCGCAACCCCUAUUUCUAGCCUGUUCAACCUCUCUUUCGUAACGUCUGAGAUCCCCAGAGAUUGGAAAGCUGCCACAGUCAUCCACCUCUUCAAAGGGGGUGACACUCUAGAUCCAAACUGUUACAGACCUAUAUCCACCCUGCCCUGCCUUUCGAAAGUUUUUGAAAGCCAAUGUAACAAACAGAUCACCGACCAUUUCGAAUCCCACCGUACCUUCUCCGCUAUGCAAUCCAGUUUCCGAGCUGGUCAUGGGUGCACCUCAGCCACGCUCAAGGUCCUAAACGAUAUUAUAACCGCAAUCGAUAAUAGACAGUACUGUGCAGCCGUCCUCAUCGACCUGGCUAAGGCUUUCGACUCUGUCAACCACCGCAUUCUUAUUGGCAGACUAAAUAGCCUUGGUUUCUCAAAUGACUGCCUCGCCUGGUUCACCAACUACUUCUCAGAUAGAGUUCAAUGUGUCAAAUCGGAGGGCCUGUUGUCUGGACCUAUGGCAGUCUCUAUGGGGGUGCUACAGGGUUCAAUUCUCGGGCCGACUCUUUUCUCUGUGUAUAUCAAUGAUGUCGCUCUUGCUGCUGGUGACUUGCUGCUGGACAGAUCCACCUCUACGCAGACGACACCAUUUUGUAUACAUCUGGCCCUUCAUUGGACACUGUGUUAACAAACCUCCAAAUGAGCUUCAAUGCCAUACAACACUCCUUCCGUAGCCUCCAACUGCUCUUAAACACUAGUAAAACUAAAUGCAUGCUCUUCAAUCGAACGCUGCUGGCACCCGCCCACCCGACAAAAUCACUACUCUCGGCGGGUCUGACCUAGAGUGUGUGGACAACUACAAAUACCUAGGUGUCUGAUUAGACUGUAAACUCUCCUUCCAGACUCACAUUUAAGCAUCUCCAUUCCAAAGUUAAAUCUAGAAUCGGCUUCCUAUUUCGCAACAAAGCCUCCUUCACUCAUGCUGCCAAACAUGCCCUCGUUAAACUGACUAUCAUACCGAUCCUUGACUUCGGCGAUGUCAUUUACAAAAUAGCCUCCAACACUCUACUCAGCAAAUUGGAUGUAGUCUAUCACUAUCCAACAUUUUCAUUCAGCUGCCUGCAGCCCUGUUCUGUGAGGACGUAGUGAGUCACUCAGCCACGGAGCAGGAGGGGAGGGUCGAGCAGCCCGGGAGGAAAGGGGACAAUGGGAGUCAAAGGAGGCAGAAAGGGAGGAGAAUAGGGUCGCAGAGUCAGGAGACAGGUGGGAGAACGAUUUAGUGGAAGGAAGAGAUAAGAGGGUAGUGUGAGAGUGAAGAUUGCGACGGCGGAUGACCAUCUGGUUAGGGGCUGAGUGGGUAGGGUUGGAGGAGAGGGGGAGAGAAAAAUAAACAAAGUAGUGAUCAGAGACCUGGAUGGGGGUUGCAGUGAGAUCAGUCAGCGAACAGCCCCUAGUAAAGAUGAGGUCAAGCAUAUUGCCUGCCUUGUGAGUGGGGGCGACUAGGAGGUGAGGGUGAGUUCAAUAAGGCAAGGAGGGGAAAUAAAGAGGUGGAAAGAAAUGAGUCGAAGUCAGGUUCCAGGAGGUUGAAGUUGCCCAGUACGAUGAGUGGUGAGCCAUCGUCUGGAAAUUAGCUUAUCAAGGUGUCAAGCUCAUUGAGGAACUCUCCAAGGGCACCUGGUGGGCGAUAAAUGACGACAAUGUUAAGUUUGAGUGGACAAGUGACAGUGACAGCAUAGAAUUCAAAUGAGAAGUUGAACAGGUGAGAGAGGGAGAAAAGAGAACAUCUCCACUUAGGAGAAAUUCGUAGCUCUGUGCCACCUACACGACGACCAUAUUCUCUAGGACUAUGAGAGAACACAUAGUCAGAUAACGAGAGAGCAGCUGGAGUAGCAGUGUUCUCUGGGGUGAUCCAUGUCUCCAUCAGGGCCAAAAAGUGUAGGGACUGAAGGGCAACAGGCUGAGAUUAACUCAGCCUUAACCACAGAUUGGCUGUUCCAAAGACUGCCGGAGACUAGGAAAUCCACAUGGGUUGUGCUCACAGGGUACACUAGGUUAGAAGGGUUGCAGCCACGGGGCGGGGAGCGUCUGUAAAACCUACAGAGAGAGGAGCGAACAGUGAUAGAAAUCACACACAUACUUGACAAAGCUACAAAAGAGCAAAAUGAAAAUCUGAAAAUAACUAGGUAAGAUACUCAAGUGAGAGAGUGGUGUGAAGCCUUUCUCUCUUUCCUUCCUCGAAUAACUCGGCAGAAAAUUUUUGUUUCGGGCGACAACGCCGCCGCAUGACAACGCCACCGCUGAAAGAAUAGGGGCAACUGAAGCACUAUAACUAAUUGCUGAUUGCCUAGCAGAGGUGAAGAAUAAUACCCCCUCCAACACACAUCCGCCAAUUAUCAGAAAGCUAUCACAAAUUGAUCUGAAACCAGUCAAAGUCAAUGUUCCAACACUUCACAGGCACAAGUACUGAGCAUUCAGCAGUUCAAAUCAAUGAUUAAGUAGGCUACUAGGUAGAAGGGCAGCACUUAACUAGAAUUGAUCUAGCCAGACUAUACCAACAACAACAUUUAUUGAAAGACAAUAUAUACUUAGGCUACUCUUGCAGAGAUUAGCUGUCUUCGCACUGUCUCUUUGUAUCUGUCUCUCUCUCUACCUCUCCCUCUCUCUCCAAGACACUCAGGGCCUCACAGCAAUGUGCUGGUAUCCCAGUAGAGGUUAAAGGUCAUCACGCAGCCCUGCUGUUGACAUCCUGUCACUGUGUGUGUGUACUUUGUACAUCUAACUGGGUCUGUAGUAAAACUGCAUGUCUGAAUUUAUACAAUGUUUUUCAUCAGUAUUGUGUUCAUUUCUGCACCUGUCGAACUGUAUGCUCAGCAUGUUUGGUUGCAAGGGCACAUCCUGUCACAUUGUUGAAGCAGUAACUCACUCUAAGGCUGAUAAUUCCUGGGUCGUAUUCAUUAGUGAAUGCUGUCGCAAAACAUUAUGCAACAAAAACAACUGUUUCUUAUUGGACAGGUUCAGGGGUGUAUUUACUAGGAACCAAAUGAUAGCAAACAGAAACAAACUGAAAGGAACUGGGAGGGACCUACUUACAGUUUUCCAAUAGAAACUCAUUUUUCAUUGCAAAACAUUUCGCAACAAUGUGCACUAAUGAAUAGACCCCAGGUAGUCCCUCCUUGUUUCAGUCUGUUUUCUUCCGCUUAGUGAAUAUGACCCUGCUUCAGGUCGCGCACGGUGACCUCAGAGAAACUGUCAGAUAGCGUUACAGUUAUGAAACCCCUCUUAAUUACUACUCUGAGACUCAUUAUGUAAAGUGCAGCGCAGGCACAGACACACACACACACACACUCCCAAAAGUCUAAUACAUGUUUCAAGCAGACCACCAUAGUCCCUGUGCCCAAGAACGCCAAGGUAACCUGUCUAAAUGACUAUCGCCUCAUAGCACUCACAUCUGUAGCCAUAAAUGCUUUGAAAGGCUGGUCAUGGCUCACAUCAACACCAUCAUCCCAGACACCCUGGACCCAGUCCAAUUCGCAUACCGCCCCAACAGAUCCACAAAUGACGCAAUCUCUAUUGCACUCAACACUGUCUUUUCCCACUUGGACAAAAGGAACACCUACGUGAGAAUGCUGUUCAUUGACUACAGCUCAGCGUUCAACACCAUAGUGCCCUCCAAUGUCAUCACUAAGCUAAGGACCCUGGUACUGAACACCUCCCUCUGCAACUGGAUCCUGGACUUCCUAAUGGGAUUCCCCCAUGUGGUGAGUGUAGGCAACAACACAUCCACCACGCUGACCCUCAGCAAAGGGAACCCUCAGGGGUGUGUGCUUAGUCCCCUCCUGCACUCCCUGUUCAUGCACGUCUGCGUGGCUUUGCUCGACUCCAACAACAUCAAUAAGUUUGCCGAUGACGCGAUGGUGGUAGGCCUGAUCACCGACGACAAGACAGCCUAAAGGGAGGAGGUCAGAGACCUGGCAGUGUGGUGCCAGGACAACAACCUCUCCCUCAACGUCAGCAAGACAAAGGAGCUGAUCGUGGACUACAGGAAACGGAGGGCCGAUCACACCCCCAUUCACAUUGACAGGGCUGUAGUGGAGCAGGUCGAGAGCUUCAAGUUCCUCGGUGUCCACAUCACUAAGGAUCUAUCAUGGUCCAAACACACCAACACAGUCGUGAAGAGGCCUGCACAGUCACCAGAUCUCAAUCCAAUUGAGCAUCUGUGGGAUGAGAUGGAACGAGCUAUUUGGAGUAGAGAUCCACUACCAGCCAACUUGACACAACUGUGGAAUGCAUUGGAGUCAACAUGGGCCAGCAUCCCUGUGGAACACUUUCGACAUCUUGUAGAGUCCAUGCCCUGACGAAUUGAGGCUGUUCUGAGGGCAAAAGGGGAUCCAAAUCAAUAUUAGGAAGAUAAUGUUUUGUACACUGUGUAUAUUCUGUCUCAUUGAGACAUCAAACUGAGUGAUAUGCACCUUGGGUUGUAUACGUUAGGGCACACGGUAGCCAUUGGAAAACGGAAAUGAGCAUGUCUUAUUCAGGUAGUCCCUCCCUGUUUUUUAUUUUGUUUGGUGCCUAAUGAAUACACCCCCUGGCUACCUGUAGUGUGUUUGUGGCAAUUUUUUUCCAGUGACUCAUAAUAGGUAAUUUGAUUAUAGCCAUUUUGAUUUCCCUAAAGAGCACACACUCCAGCACAGAUGGAACAAUGAGCCAGAUGUUUCACCGGAUGUAUGAAUCUAAAGCAUUCGGUUGGCAUUUCCACUCGCCAACAUUUUGUAGACUUUACACUUUGCCAAAGUUUUUAAAGUACAAGGGUGAAUUUAAUUAUUGCACUUGGCACUUCACAGAGUAGGCGUUCCCUGAAGGAAAUAUGCCAAUACAUGCUAGAACGUGCCAAUAGCAUACCGCUAGCUCGUUCUUGGAUCUGCUUGCCUGCACUAUGAUUAAUUUGCUACCAUUGGAAAUGACAGGCUGUGGUCUAUCUUGGGUUAGUUAUAUAAAAAAUAUUUGACUCCGGUGUGAAGUUUCCCCUAGGUACAGAUCUAGGAUCAGCUUCCCCUCCCUCAAUCCUAACCUUAAAUAUAUUUUUUAUUUUUAUAUUAAUGUUAAUACCCAUUUGAUUAUUUUGUAAAACAUAUUUUUAAGGAUUAUUAUUAUAUUAAUGAAUGAAAUGAAUGACAUUUUAUUUUCGUAUCAAAUCGCCAAUUGGCAACCCAUCCCUUAUGGGAUUAACUGACACAUAAACAAACAUUACAAUAAUUCACUGUGGUAAUUCAGUGACAAUUCUUCUUAGUGUUCUCUGCAGUGCGCAUCACAUAAAGAGUGAAUAAAUGAAAGGUAAAAAUCAAUACAUAAUAGUAAAUAAGGUUAUUCAAACAAUAAUUAUAUCCCUAGAGCAGUAAAAUAAUAUAUAUAUAUAUAUAUAUAUAUAUACAGUGAGGGGGAAAAAGUAUUUGAUCCCCUGCUGAUUUUGUACGUUUGCCCACUGACAGACAUGAUCAGUCUAUAAUUUUAAUGGUAGGUUUAUUUGAACAGUGAGAGAAAGAAUAACAACAACAAAAUCCAGAAAAAUGCAUGUCAAAUGUUAUAAAUUGAUUUUCAUUUUAAUGAGGGAAAUAAGUAUUUGACUCCUCUGCAAAACAUGACUUAGUACUUGGUGGCAAAACCCUUGUUGGCAAUCACAGAGGUCAGACGUUUCUUGUAGUUGGCCACCAGGUUUGCACACAUCUCAGGAGGGAUUAUGUUCCACUCUUCUUUGCAGAUCUUCUCCAAGUCAUUAAGGUUUCGAGGCUGACGUUUGGCAACUCGACCCUUCAGCUCCCUCCACAGAUUUUCUAUGGGAUUAAGGUCUGGAGACUGGCUAGGCCACUCCAGGACCUUAAUGUGCUUCUUCUUGAGUCACUCCUUUGUUGCCUGGGCCGUGUGUUUUGGGUCAUUGUCAUGCUGGAAUACCCAUCCACGACCCAUUUUCAAUGCCCUGGCUGAGGGAAGGAGGUUCUCACCCAAGAUUUGACGGUACAUGGCCCUGUCCAUCGUCCCUUUGAUGCGGUGAAGUUGUCCUGUCCCCUUAGCAGAAAAACACCCCCAAAGCAUAAUGUUUCCACCUCCAUGUUUGACGGUGGGGAUGGUGUUCUUGGGGUCAUAGGCAGCAUUCCUCCUCCAAACACGGCGAGUUGAGUUGAUGCCAAAGAGCUCGAUUUUGGUCUCAUCUGACCACUACACUUUCACCCAGUUCUCCUCCGAAUCAUUCAGAUGUUCAUUGGCAGACUUCAGACGGCCCUGUAUAUGUGCUUUCUUGAGCAGGGGGACCUUGCGGGCACUGCAGGAUUUCAGUCCUUGCCUUGAGAUCAUUGACAAGAUCCUCCCGUGUAGUUCUGGGCUGAUUCCUCACCCUUCUCAUGAUCAUUGCAACUCCACAAGGUGAGAUCUUGCAUGGAGCCCCAGGCCGAGGGAGCUUGACAGUUAUUUUGUGUUUCUUCCAUUUGCGAAUAAUCGCACCAAAUGUUGUCACCUUCUCACCAAGCUGCUUGGUGAUGGUCUUGUAGCCCAUUCCAGCCUUGUGUAGGUCUACAAUUUUGUCCCUGACAUCCUUGGAGAGCUCUUUGGUCUUGGCCAUGGUGGAGAGUUUGGAAUCUGAUUGAUUGAUUGCUUCUGUGGACAUGUCUUUUAUACAGGUAACAAGCUGAGAUUAGGAGCACUCCCUUUAAGAGUGUGCUCCUAAUCUCAGCUCAUUACCUGUAUAAAAGACACCUGGGAGCCAGAAAUCGUUCUGAUUGAGAGGGGGUUAAAUACUUAUUUCCCUCAUUAAAAUGCAAAUCAAUUUAUAACAUUUUUGACAUGCGUUUUUCUGGAUUUUUUUGUUGUUAUUCUGUCUCUCACUGUUCAAAUAAACCUACCAUUAAAAUGAUAGACUGAUCAUUUCUUUGUCAGUGGGCAAACUUACAAAAUCAGCAGGGGAUCAAAUACUUUUUUCCCUCGCUGUACAUACAUACAUACAUACAUACAUACAGUACCAGUCAAAAGUUUGGACACACCUACUCAUUCAUGGGUUUUUCUUUAUUUUCUACAUUGACUAUGAAAUAACACAUGGAAUCAUGUAGUAACCAAAAAAGUGUUAAACAAAUCAAAAUAUAUUUUAGAUUUUAGAUUCUUCAAAGUAGCCACCCUUUGCCUUGAUGACAGCUUUGCACACUCUUGGCAUUCUCUCAACUGGAAUGCUUUUCCAACAGUCUUGAAGGAGUUCCCACAUAUGCUGAGCACUUGUUGGCUGCUUUUCCUUCACGCUGCGUUCCAACUCAUCCCAAACCAUCUCAAUUGUCCCCUGUAGCUCAGUUGGUAGAGCAUGGCGCUUGCAACGCCAGGGCUGUGGGUUCGUUUCCCACGGGGGGCCAGUAUGAAAAUGUAUGCACUCACUAACUGUAAGUUGCUCUGGAUAAGAGUGUCUGCUAAAUGACUAAAAUGUAAAUUGGGUUGAGGUCGGGUGAUUGUGGAGGCCAGGUCAUCUGAUGCAGCACUCCAUCACUCUCCUUCUUGGUCAAAUAGCCCUUACACAGCCUGGAGGUGUGUUGGGUCAUUGUCCUGUUGGGAUGGCGUAUCGCUGCAGAAUGCUGUGGUAACCAUGCUGGUUAAGUGUGCCUUGAAUUCUAAAUAAAUCACCAACAGUGUCACCAGCAAAGCACCCCCACAUCAUCACACCUCCUCCUCCAUGUUUCACUGUGGGAACCACACAUGCCGAGAUCAUCCGUUCACCUACUCUGCGUCUCACAAAGACACGGCGGUUGGAACCAGAAAUCUCACAUUUGGACUCAUCAGACCAAAGGACAGAUUGCCACCGGUCUAAUGUCCAUUGCUCAUGUUUCUUGGCCCAUGCAAGUCUCUUCUUAUUAUUGGUGUCCUUUAGUAGUGGUUUCUUUGCAGCAAUUUGACUCUCAAGGCCUGAUUCACGCAGUCUCCUCUGAACAGUUGAUGUUGAGAUGUGUCUGUUACUUGAACUCUGUGAAUCAUUUAUUUGGGCUGCAAUCUGAGGUGCAGUUAACUUGAAUUAACUUAUCCUCUGCAGCAACUCUGGGUCUUCCUUUCCUGUGGCGGUCCUCAUGUUUCAUCAUAGCGCUUGAUGGUUUUUGCGACUGCACUUGAAGAAACUUUAAAAGUUAUUGAAAUGUUCCAUAUUGACUGACCUUCAUGUCUUAAAGUAAUGAUGGACUGUCGUUUCUCUUUGCUUAUUUGAGCUGUUCUUGCCAUAAUAUGGACUUGGUCUUUUACAUAAUAGGGCUAUCUUCUGUAUACCACCCUUACCUUGUCAUAACACAACUGAUUGUCUCAAACGCAUUAAGAAGGAAAGAAAUUCCACAAAUUAACUUAACAAGGCACACCUGUUAAUUGAAAUGCAUUCCAGGUGACUACCUCAUGAAGCUGGUUGAGAGAAUGCCAAGCUUGUGCAAAGCUGUCAUCAAGGCAAAGGGUGGCUACUUUGAAGAAUCUCAAAUAUAAAAUAUAUUUUGAUUUGUUUAACACUUUCUUGGUCACUACAUGAUUCCAUAUGUGUUAUUUCAUAGAUUUGAUGGCUUCACUAUUAUUCUACAAUGUAGAAACUAGUAAAAAUUAAGAAAAACCCUGGAAUGAGUAGGUAUAUCCAAACUUUUGACUGGUACUGGGUGUGAUUAUAUAUAUAUAUAUAUAUAUAUAUAUUUAAAUGAUUUACAGUACAGUGGGAAAUGUAGAGAUGGGGCCAUAGACAGACGGUGGCCAAGAUGGGACUGGAACCCUGGUCGCCAGGGGGAAUUUGUGGUCCGCUACACCAGACUCCGGCACCAGCCAUUGGAUUCUUGAAGUAUACAACUUAUAAAUGCCUCAUGAGCUUAGUUCAACUGUCGUACCCCAUGUUUCUUUUAAUCCAAUGUUUGUAAUCAAUGUAAUUGUAAAAAAAAAAAAAAACUGUAUAGGCUCAAAACAUGGUUAACACUAUAAAUUAGAUCUCACGGAUGGUUAGUCCUUGCAUCCAUAGCUCUGCCCAUGAAUUUGAGUGGUUACAUUUCCACCAGCCCCAUCAUCAGCUGUUUACCAAAUCAGUGGUGGGGUGUGACCGCUUUGUUAUUGUUUGAAGGCAGAUUGCCCCUUUGACAAUUAGUCGGGAAAAUGUAAAACGGACCCAAAAUCAACAUCUAGGGGCACCUUCGCCUUACACCAAGAGCACACACUGUGUAGUUGUUCAGCAAUGAGGCGGUACAUGCAAUCAAUAUGACUUUCCCAACAUGUUUCAAUGACAGACAGAUGAUGCAACAGGAGUAUUUUUCUCACUCGGCUGUCUUCUUUGGUCUCUGAACUAAAAGAAACUGAAACAGAAUAUGAAACUCUCAUUCAUUUGCCCUAAUGAACAGGACCCUGGUAAAAGCAACAGGCUUUAUUGGACCUGUUCAGGUUAAAUGGUGUCUGUUUUUUGGUGCCAAAUUAGAGAGUAGAGUUUGACUGUUAAAUCAAAGUGGGUCACAGUGGACUUUGAAACUCUUCUUUUCCUCUAGCCUACCCCUCCUCCUUCUGCCUCUUCUUCACUAUCCCUCUAUUUUUCAUCUCUCUUAACACCUGCAUGCUGCCAUGACCCGAUUUGAUAUUCAAAUCACAGUAAGUGAUAAAAUGACUUUCUUUGUCUGUCCCUUACCCCAUCCUCCCAUCCCCUCCUCCCUCUGUCCAUCCCCCGCUUCCCUCACACCCUGCUGGCUGCACUCUCUGUGACUCCCACAAUGGCUGGGUUUGUGGGGUGGAUUCUGCCGUUUGGGGCUUUGACACCAGAACCGAGAGAGACCAAAGGGUUUAGAGUCUGGGCCUAAAGUGUGUCAGGACGGGAGUGUGUCCCCCUUGUGGAUUGACUGUAGCCUGGUCCCAGAUCUGUUGGUGCUGUAUAGCCAACUCAAAUCGUUGUUUUGGUAUGGCAAUGACCAUAGGCGUUGGGUAGAUUGAACUGACCGCCCUGCAUGAACUUUAAGUCCCGAUUUAGAUCACCUGUCUUUCUAUUCAGCUGAGAAUGUGCUCUGUAUAGCCCUGUGCGUGUGCACGUUUUUGCGAACAUAUUAGGGCUGGGAAUUUCUGAGGGACCUUACAAUACGAUAUUAUCAUGAUACUUAGGUGCCGAUAUGUAUUUCGAUUCGAUACUGCGAUUUGAUGUUCCAAACAUAUUGCUCACCAUAUGUCUGCUGCAGAGGGACAAGAGAGCCAUGAGAAAACAAGUUUUGAUCAGUCAUGGAAAUAAAAGUGCUGAAAACUAAUUGGCUCCCUAUUUAAAAAGAUGGAGAACAAGCUCCCCCCAAUCACAAUCUCAUACUAAAGACCAAAAAUGGGGAUGCUGCUGUGGUUUAACUCAACUGGACCUCGAAGCCAGUUCCACUGCAUUUUUUCAUUGUUCAUCUCUAAUCAGGGACUGAUUUCGAUCUGGGACAGGACGUGCGUGCAAUUAAUUAUCAGGUAGAACAGAAAACCAGCAGGCUCCGGACCUCGUAGGGUAAGAGUUGAAUACCCCUUCUCUAGAUAGUACAGGUGAAUGAAUCCAUGGCUGCGUCUGAAAUGGCACCCUAUUCCCUACAUUGUGCUGCACUACUUUUGAUCAAUCUUCACACAGAUUAUGGUUUAGGGUCAUGUUCAUUAGGGCAUACUGUAGCAAAACGUUUUGUAAUGGAAAGCGAAAAUGAGCGUUUCUUAGUGGACAAGUUCAGUAAGUAGAUCUGGAGUUCAGAGGUUAAAGGUCAUCUAUCCUCUUCCUCCCUCCCAGGCUCUACACAAGCUGGCCAAUCAGUACCUGAAAAGGGAAUGGCCAGACAGCCUAUCAGAGGAGCCAACAGACCACAGGUAAGACCUCUCGCCAAAGAGUGAACAGUUAUUGUCUCAGCAGCGUCAGAAAUGUGUCGCUCGUUCUCUCUCUCUCAAGUAUUCUUCUUCCGUAAUAGUACUACCAGUAUCAGUGUGUAUUAUUGAAAGCUAUAUAUUUUAAUUUGCCAUUUUUUGCUAGUCUCUUUGAUAUUUUGUGCUAUCCAGGUCCUCUCAUGUCUGAAUUGUCAUUGCCUUUUUAAAUAAAGGUUAUUGUUCAACAGAUUAAUUAACUGGUUGAACCAACAGUUCUUGUAUUGUCGUCACAGCCAAGAACAUAAACAAAUAUCAGGGAUGUUACCAGUGUUCACACUGACUAUUGUGUGUGUGUCUGUGUUGUCACAGGAACAUGUACACGUUGUGGAAGGCAUACCUGGAGGGCACAGUGCAAGUGAGCCAAACCAGGAUCACGGCUUGUGAGAACUACAGGAACCAGGUGACGGACCCAGCCAAGACUGCCAGGCUGCAGAAGGAGCAGCAGCUCAGGAAGGUAUGGAGGCCAAACCACCACAACACUGCUUAGCUUUUCAUAGUUUGCAGACUCCCGCUCACCGUCUCGCGCUCUCACAUGGCUUAGAUUAUUUUACGCAUGUCUCCAUUUAUACAGCUGGUGAGUUGAAAUGUCUGAAACAGUUCAGGAUACAGUGAGGGGAAAAAGUAUUUGAUCCCCUGCUGAUUUUGUACGUUUGCCCACUGACAAAGAAAUGAUCAGUCUAUAAUUUUAAUGGUAGGUUUAUUUGAACAGUGAGAGACAGAAUAACAACAAAAAAAUCCAGAAAAACGCAUGUCAAAAAUGUUUUUAAUUGAUUUGCAUUUUAAUGAGAGAAAUAAGUAUUUGACCCCCUCUCAAUCAGAAAGAUUUUUAGCUCCCAGGUGUCUUUUAUACAGGUAACGAGCUGAGAUUAGGAGCACACUCUUAAAGGGAGUGCUCCUAAUCUCAGUUUGUUACCUGUAUAAAAGACACCUGUCCACAAAAGCAAUCAAUCAAUCAGAUUCCAAACUCUCCACCAUGGCCAAGACCAAAGAGCUCUCCAAGGAUGUCAGGGACAAGAUUGUAGACCUACACAAGGCUGGAAUGGGCUACAAGACCAUCGCCAAGCAGCUUGGUGAGAAGGUGACAACAGUUGGUGCGAUUAUUCGCAAAUGGAAGAAACACAAAAGAACUGUCAAUCUCCCUCUGCCUUUGGCUCCAUGCAAGAUCUCACCUCAUGGAGUUGCAAUGAUCAUGAGAACGGUGAGGAAUCAGCCCAGAACUACACGGGAGGACCUUGUCAAGGCAGCUGGGCCCAUAGUCACCAAGAAAACAAUUAGUAACACACUACGCCGUGAUUUAGUAACACAACUCGCUGUGUUUGGAGGAGGAGGAAUGCUGCCUAUGACCCCAAGAACACCAUCCCCACUGUCAAACAUGGAGGUGGAAACAUUAUGCUUUGGGGGUGUUUUUCUGCUAAGGGGACAGGACAACUUCACCGCAUAAAAGGGACGAUGGACGGGGCCAUGUACCGUCAAAUCUUGGGUGAGAACCUCCUUCCCACAGCCAGGGCAUUGAAAAUGGGUCAUGGAUGGGUAUUCCAGCAUGGCAAUGACCUAAAACACAUGGCCAAGGCAACAAAGGAGUGGCUCAAGAAGAAGCACAUUAAGGUCCUGGAGUGGCCUAGCCAGUCUCCAGACCUUAAUCCCAUAGAAAAUCUGUGGAGGGAGCUGAAGGUUAGAGUUGCCAAACAUCAGCCUCGAAACCUUAAUGACUUGGAGAAGAUCUGCAAAGAGGAGUGGGACAAAAUCCCUCCUGAAAUGUGUGCAAACCUGGUAGCCAACUACAAGAAACGUCUGACCUCUGUGAUUGCCAACAAGGGUUUUGCCACCAAGUACUAAGUCAUGUUUUGCAGAGGGAUCAAAUACUUAUUUCACUCAUUAAAAUGCAAAUCAAUUUAAAACAUUUUUUACAUGCGUUUUUCUGGAUUUUUUUGUUGUUAUUUUGUCUCUCACUGUUCAAAUAAACCUACCAUAAAAAGUAUAGACUGAUCAUGUCUUUGUCAGUGGGCAAAUAUCCACUGUAUGUGGAUAUUUCUUCCACUUUCUAAGGGGAAGUCUGCUGUUCUUUGGAUACAAACCAGUGUAUACAGUGCAUUCGGAAACCCCUUGACUUUUCCCACAUUUUGUUACGUUACAGCCUUAUUCUAAAAUGGAUUAAAACAAACAUUUUUUAUGUAUUACAAAUAAAAAACGGAUACCUAUGAGACUCAAUUGAUCUCAGGUGCAUCUUGUUUCCAUUGAUCAUCCUUGAGAUGUUUCUACAACUUGAUUGGAGUCCAUCUGUGGUAAAUUGAUUGGACAUGAUUUGGAAAGGCACACACCUGUCUUUAUAAGGUCCCACAGUUGACAGUGCAUGUCCGAGCAAAAACCAAGCCUUGAGGUCGAAGGAAUUGUCCAUAGAGCGCCGAGACAGGAUUGUGUCGAAGGCACAGAUCUGGGGAAGGGUACCAAAAAAUGUCUGCAGCAUUGAAGGUCCCCAAGAACACAGUGGCCUCCAUUCUUAAAUGGAAGAAUUUUCGAACCAACAAGACUCUUCCUAGAGAUGGCUGCCCGGCCAAACUGAGCAAUCGGGGAAGAAGGGCCUUGGUCAGGGAGGUGACCAAGAACCCGAUGGUCACUCUGACAAAGCUCCAGAGUUCCUCUGUGGAGAUGGGAGAACAUUCCAGAAGGACAACCAUCUCUGCAGCACACCACCAAUCAGGCCUUUAUGGUAGAGUGGCCAGAUGGAAGCCACUCCUCAGUAAAAGGCACAUGACAGCCCGCUUGGAGUUUGCCAAAAGACACCUAAAGGACUCAAGAUUCUCUGGUCUGAUGAAACCAAGGUUGAACUCUUUGGCCUGAAUGCCAAGCGUCACGCCUGGAGGAAACCUUACACCAUCCCUACGGUGAAGCAUGGUAGUUGCAGCAUCAUGCUGUGGGGGUGUUUUUCAGCGGCAGGGAGUGGGAGACCAGUCAGGAUCGAGGGAAAGACGAACGGAGCGAAGUACAGUGAUCCUUGAUGAAAACCUGCUCCAGAGCGCUCAGGACCUCAGACUGGGCUACGGUUCACCUUCCAACAGGACAACGACCCUAAGCACACAGCCAAGAGGAGUGGCUUCGGGACAAGUCUCUGAAUGUCCUUGAGUGGCCCAGCCAGAGCCUGGAUUUGAACCCGAUCGAACAUCUCUGGAGAGACCUGAAAAAAGCUGUGCAGCGACGCUCCCCAUCCAACCUGACAGAGCUUGAGAGGAUCUGCAGAGAAGAUUGGGAGAAACUCCCCAAAUGCCAAGCUUGUAGCGUCAUACCCAAGAAGACUUGAGGCGGUAAUCACUGCCAAAGGUGCUUCAACAAAGUACUGAGUAAAGGAUCUGAAUGCUUAUGUAAAUGUAUCCUGAGUGGUGCAGUGGUCUAAGGCACUGCAUUGCAGUGAUAGCUGUGCCACUAGAGAUCCUGGUUCGAAUCCAGGCUCUGUCGCAGCCGGCCGCGACCGGGAGACUCAUGGGCAGCGCACAAUUGGCCUAGCGUUGUCCAGGGUAGGGGAGGGAAUGGCCGGCAGGGAUGUAGCUCAGUUGAUAGAGCAUGGCGUUUGCAACGCCAGGGUUGUGGGUUCGAUUCCCACGGGGGACCAGUAUGAAGAAAAAAAACUAUAAUAAAAAAUAAAAUAUGUAUUCACUAACUGUAAGUCGCUCUGGAUAAGAGUGUCUGCUAAAUGACUUAAAUGUAAUGUAAUGUAAAAUGUAAAUGUUAUAUUUCUGUUUUUUAUUUUUUAUAAAUUUGCAAAAAUGUCUAAACCUGUAUUUGCUUUGUCAUUGUGGGGUAUUGUGUUUAGAUUGAUGAGAAACCUUUUUUAAAAUCCAUUUUAGAAUAAGGCUGUAAUGUAACAAAAUGUGGAAAAAGUCAAGGGGUCUGAAUACUUUCUGAAUGCACUGCUGUGCAAAGGUAUUCAGACCCCUUCGAUUUAUUCAAAUGUUAUUGUGUUAAAGUGGGAUUCAAGUGAAUUGAAUUGUAAUUUUUUUGUCAACAGUCUACACAAAAUAUUAAAAUGUCAAAGUGGAAGAAAUAUUAUAACAUUUUUGAAAAAUGUGUAGUCGUUGCAUAAGUAUUCAGCUCCCUGAGUCAAUACAUGUUAGAAACACCUUUGGCAUUAAUUACCGCUGUGAAUCUUCUGGGGUGUGUCUCUAAGAGCUUUGCACACCUGCAUUGUGCAAUAUUUGUCCAUCAAUCUUUUUUAAAUUAUUCAAGCUCUGUCAACAUAUUGGGGAUCAUGGCUAUACAGCAAUUUAAGUCUUGCCAUAGAUUUUCACUCUGUCAUUUAGGUCAUUAUUGUGGAGUCGACUACAAUGUUGUUGAUCCAUCCUCAGUUUUCUCCAAUCACAGCCAUUGAACUCUGUAGCUGUUUUAAAAUCACCAAUGGCGUCAUGGUAAGAUCCCUGGGAAGUUUAAUUCCUUUCCUUCAGAUCAGAAAGAUGACUGUGUCUUGGUGUCUGGGUGGUUUAAUACAUCAUCCACUGCAUAAUUAUUAACUUGACCAUGCUUAGAGAUAUUCAGUGUCUGAUUUGUUAGUGUUAUCCAUUACCAAUCACUGCCCUUUAUGAGGCUUUCGAAAAGCUCCCUGAUGUUUGCAGUUGAAUCUGUGCUUGAAAUUCAAUACUUGACUGGGGGACCUAACAUAUGUUGUAUGUAUGGGGGACAGAGGAAGGGUUAGUCUUUAAAAAAUCAUGUCAACCCCUAUUAUUUCACACAGAGUGAGGACAUGUAAUUUAUGUGAUUUCUUAUGCCAAAUCUUACUUCUGAACAAAUGUAGGCUUGCCUAAACAAAAAUGGCUGAAUACUUAUGCAAUGACUAUUUUAGUUAUGAAUGUAUUUAUCUUAAAAAAUAAAUAAUAGUUCUUCCACUUUGACAUUAGAGUGUUGUGUGUAAAUUGUUGACAAAAAAAUGACAUCCAUUUUAAUCCCACUUUGUAACACAAAAGUGAAGAAAUCCAAGGGGUCUGAAUACUUUUGCAAGGCACUGUAUUAAUAUAUACUCAGUCAUCAUAGUUCAGGUGGGCCUUCGCUUCAGCAAACAACAUUUUUCUUGGUACGCCGUUCUCAUAUACUGGGUCAUGUUCAGUUGGGCACACUCUAGCAAAACCUUAUCUCCCUGUUGUAGUCAAUUCUGAAACGUUUUCGCCCUACUGAACAUGGUCUAGCCUGGACACUUUGCUUCAAUAUCAGCUAAGAGUUGGCCACAUGGCCACCCUGUCCAUAUUAUCACUGGCUGUCAGGCUUUGACCAACACUUGCUCUCUAUUUACCUCAGUCCAUGUUCCACUGGCUACCAUCAACUAGCACCCUCUUGUUCACCCUGACUGACCUAAUAGGAAUAUCAUAUUCACUCUUAGUACAAACAUCUUAGAAUGGCUACCAAUAGGAUGGGCAUGUUAUUAGAUUAGUUUGAGUUUAUUAGUCACAUGUACAGGCAGAUGCAAUUAAAGGGUGAGGGCGCAGGAAGCUGCCUAGUGGCUAUUCAUGGUCUGGGGGUAGAAGCUAUUGGCCAGUCUUCCAGUUAUCGCCAUGAUGCUCCUGUACUGCCUGUGUCUGAGUGAAGGAAGCAAGCCAUGGCUCGGGUAACUGUAUUAGCAAUGAGUCUGGAUAUAUCUAAGUAUAUUUGAUACUGUACCAGCUGACUGUAUGUGUAUUGACCAGCUGACUAUGUCCUCUGGUUGUUUCUCCAGUAGUGCUGAGCUAUUAGUGCUCUUUCAGGUCUGUUAGGUUUCGGUUCAAUUAUUUAAAAAAUUAUCACGGUUUCGAUUAUUUAAAUAAAAAAAUAAAAAAAAUGAAAGAGCUUUUUAAUGGAAAUUCCAAAGCCAAAAAUAGUGAACAUUGGUAAUAUUUCAUUGUCUCUGUCAGGUCCACAUUGGGUAGCCAUCAAUAGAAAAAUAGUAAAUUACUAUGCAAUAUUUCAGCUACUUAGUUUUUAUUUUAAUGGCUUUAUUAUUUUUCAUUCCUUAAAGUAAUCAUCUCUGCUCAGGCAGUUGCAGUCAGCCAGCCAGGCCAUAUAAUGGUAUGUGCUCCCCAUACUGUACGGUCUUCAUAUUUAGCUAAACUGCAUAUUAUGCUGCAGAGCUGUCUGACAGUCAUUUUACUAGUUCUUCAAAGUAGAUAAGGCAUACUUUCACGAACUGUCUUUGUCCCUCUUGUCGUUGUUGUGUACAUUCUUCUCUCAUGCAGUCUAUGUGUGUCUAACCUAAUGUAGCAGGCGUAAAGUGUAUCCGUCCAGAGAUCUGUAUAUAAUGACGAGAUGCUUAUGUUUACGCCUUAACAAUGGGAGUCGUUGUCCCAAAGGCAGGAAGCCAGGCAACAAGCUAAGGUCCAAAAUAAAUCAAUAGACAGAUUUUGCCGAAAGUGAAAUCUCUCGCUUCGCCUCGUCCUCUCUGAUUCGUUUGAGACACAAAAAAAGUUGUUUGGGUUAUGGUAAUGGCUUACGGUCAUUGUAGUUAGUUACCAUGUUUCUGUUCUGAACUAGGUUGAAUAUUUGCUUAAUGAAAACUACAACUCCCUUCAGCCCAGCGUCCCACAUAGUUCUUGUUAUGAUUUAUCACGUGAAUGAUUUGAUUGAGAAACGGCGCGUUGGGCUCACAAAAAAACCCCGAACUAAAUGGAAUUAAAGUAAUUGAUCCGACGUCGGUCAAUUAGUUGUUUAAUAACAGAAACCCCACAGAAAAGUUGGUUAAUCGCUCAGCACUAUUCUCCAGUGUACUGACCAGCUGAUGCUGGUGCAGGCGGAGCUGCAGGACUCUGUGAAGGAGCUGGCUAAGACCAGGAAGAAGUACCAGGAGACAGAGACCAUGGCCCAGGCCGUCAGGGACAAGGCCGAGCAGGAUGCCAAGUAUGUGCACACACACACACACACACACACACACACACACACACACACACACACACACACACACACACACACACACACGAAACAAAAAAAUCCUACCCCUACGGCCUUGUGGAGAUUUGAGAGGAUCAGAUGGGUAACAAAUCUGAGGCCAAGGUGGAUCUAUUGCCGUAACGCUACCUAUCCAGUCCUCUCGAAUGUACAGGAGUGACAAUGUAAAAUACUAUAGGGAAUCACUGGUCUUGUGAGACUCUGUUCACUUACAUGUUCCAUCUCACCUUCUGUUCUGUCCAGGUCCAAACUGAGUCUCUUCCAAUCCAGGUCCAGUCUGCAGAGGGCCAGUGUAAAGGUGAGAUAAUUAAAUGUAUGCACACAUGACUGUAAGUCGCUUUGGAUAAAAGCGUCUGCUAAAUGGCAUGUUAUUAAAUGAUUACAUUUUAUGUAUGGCCAAUUGGCCAUGACCACAAACUCAAGUGCAUAUGGGAAUGAAAAAAACCCAAAACAACUAUCAAACUAAUUUACUGACGUUUUCAGCUGAAAGCCAAGAGGAGUGAAUGUAACUCCAAAGCCACCCACGCCAGGAACGACUAUCUCCUCACGCUAGCUGCGGCUAACGCUCACCAGCAGCGCUACUACAACACUGACCUGAUCAACUGCGUUAAGGUGAGGCGUCGGCACACACACACAAGUAUGGAGGCAUUUCAGGUCAUCUUUUUUUUUUUGCAGUUGCCUCAUAUCUCAGGCGAUUGCUAUGUCAUAGUUAGCAUGACUGCAAAACAGGCUACCUGGAACGCCAUCACCAAUGUGUGAGUGAGUGAGAUGGAGGGUUAUUGCUGCAUUUCCCUGUUGACUGCGCUUCUCAGGUCCUGGAUGGGGACAUCUAUGAGCAGGUGAAGGACUACCUGGUCUCUCUGUGCCAGAUGGAGCUUGAGUCCUACCAGGCUGUUCACAACACUUUCAACAUCCUCCUGGAGAGCUCCAACGGGGUGAGCGCACACAAACUAGCCCAGUGGCCGUAUGUGUCAAGUGUCUCAAGAGAAGGAAUGCUGAUCCAGAAUCAGUUUUGCCUUUCAGAUGAAAAAUGUAUAGGAAAAGGAACUUGAAUGGGGAAUUCUGAGAUGCUUGAUACAUAUGGCCCCAGAUAUUAGCAUUCAUUGAACUAGCCUGGUCCAAGAUCUGUUUGUGCUGUCUUGCCAACUCCUAUGGUCGAAUGAUGUUGGCUAUACAGCACAAACCGAUCUGGGACCAGGCUUUUAUUUGAGUUAUUAUUUUUUUUACUAUGGGAGAGUUCUUAUGCGGAGAAUGCUGGGAAGUUGGUGAAACAGAGGUAGUUCGGUCCAGAACCUUGCCUGAGAGCGGAAUGCUCGCGUUAACUCCCCCGACCUAAUGCCUAGGUUUUAGCUCGGAGUGUGCAGGAGACCCAUGUUCAAAACCCAGAUGUUCAAGUUAGCAUGGAUACCAUUGUUUAGGUCCACAUUUUUCUUUUAAAGCUAGAAUUGUUCAUUUAAACAAUAACAAAGCACCUCCCCACCCCUGUUUUGCUAAAAAGCUAAGGGAUUGGGCUGGAGAAAUGUUAUCCACUCUCAAAUUCAUAAACAGAGUUAUGGAUACAAAGAUUGACCAUCCAUGAUAUCAAAUGUAUAGCUUUAACCAAGUUUUGAGGCUAUGUAAGUGUUUGUUUACGUUGUUUACAAACAUUGGAGUAAAACAAGCUUAUAUUUUGGGAUCUGAUGGGGUAUAUCUCCAGUGAGGCAGCAAGCUGCAGGUGCCAGAUCCCCCAGAAGGGUCAGAUUUCUACCCGCUGACCCAUAUGGUUCCUCUUUCACCGUGACGCCACAGCAGGCUGUGUGUGGGUGUGUAGUUUUGACCUCUCUCUGGUAAUCUUCCUAUGACCCUUGAGUUGACCGUGAACGCUCCCCUGUGACUUUAGGUCAUACUGCACUCUGCUCUGACCGUCAGUGGUCCUUCGAUGGCCCUGACUUAAGUAAGAACAGUGUGGUCGCUCUCCAGAUGACAUAAUAAACUCUCAAAGGAUUGAGUAAAGCCUCUUCUGUCAUGAUAAUAUGAGCUUUUAUCUAUUCUAAUCCCUUUAUGCCUCUGUCAGAUUAUUAGUACUUCUAUUGUGCUGUAUUAUGAGGUUAACUAAACGGCUGUGUCUGCGUGUGUUCUCUUCAGGUGAUGCAGGACUUCCACCAGCAGCAGUUUGUACAGCAGAACCCAGUGUUCCACAGCACCCCAGCCAUCCUCUUCCAACCCAGCAACACUGACACGGUGGGUAGUAGUGCUACGCUAACGCUACUUCAAAUCAAAUCAAAUUUUAUUUGCCACAUGCGCCGAAUACAACAGGUGUAGACAUUACCGUGAAAUGCUUACUUACAGCCCUUAACCAACAAUGCAUUUAUUUUUUAAUAAAAAAGUAAAAUAAAACAACAACAACAACAACAAAUGUGUUGAGAAAAAAAAAGCAGAAGUAAAAUACUUAUCUCAUGGAACGUGGUGGCUAGUGCUACGCUACACACUGGCUAUGCUAAAGCUACCAUGUCGUAGAACCACUGGUCCUUCUUUUAGGCUAGCUAACCUGCUCUACCGUACAUGCUUGUGCGUAUGUGUAACCAAGUUGAAUUUGUAAGCUCACUCAACUUGAAAUGCCACUACCUGUGCCAUUGAAUUGCUAGCUUUUCUUUGGGUAACUGGCUAAGGCAUUGUGAGACAGGAUUGGGAUUGGUAAAAUCAAUCCCAGUAGUGAACUUGUGAGAGAGGAAGCAAAGCUGUUAAAUGACAGUGACGUCCAUUACAUGUGAUGCGUGUGUUUUGGUGAGUGUGUUUGUGUUGCACGUAGGUUUGUUUGUAUGGUUUAUGGUGUGUGUGUGUAAAUGGUGCACAUGUGUGUAUGGUGUGUGUGCAUGCGAGCCCCAGAGGAACCUGUUCUCAGCUGACCCAGCCUGCCAGUCCGUCCGUCUGCCCGCCAGUGCACUUGUCUCCCCCCCCCCCCCCCCUUCUGAUUCCCAUCCGCCCCUCUGCUACACUGGACAAUUUGUUAGAAGUCUCCAAGACCCUCGUUGUUUUCGUUGGAAGUCAAACAAGCAGUGGCCUGUUCCUAAAGAAAAUAUUUAGUGAUGCAGUUGCCCCCUCCACCUCCCUCAAACCCACCCCACCCCUUUCCCCUCCCUGGCAAUAUGACGGAGGUAUCCGGAAAAUAACUGCACUGAAAGAGACAGGGCGUCUGUGAAAAGGGGGCAUUGUGAGGGGGCCUUGUCAGAGUGGGCUCACUCCAGCCCCCCACCUCCGCCCUUCCACCCCUGGCUGCCUCGGCCUCUAAAAGGAACUCAGUGUGGCUCUCGUUCACUGAUUUAUUGGCCUUACGCAUGGACUACAUUGAACAGCUCUCGCUCUCUCUCGCGCGCUUUCUCUGUUCUCUUUCGCUCACUCCUUGCUCUCUCUUUAACGCGCUCUCGCACGCUCUGGCUUUCUCAAUUCAAAGGGGCUUUACUGACAUUUAAUUCAAAGGGCUUUAUUCACAUGUAAUUCAAAUGGGUUUUAUUGACAUGUAAUUCAAAACAUAAAAACGUGAAGAAACAAAACAAGAAAAAAAUAUAUAUUAGAAAUGAACAGUAAAUAUUGCAUUCACAAAUGUUUCUAACGUGUUUUUUUUUUACAUGCAAAUAUUUGAAGUACAAAUGGUAGGGGUGCCACAGCAGGCUGUCUGUGUUUUAGAAUAGAUAAUGUGCAGAUCAUGACAGAAGAGUCUGACUCUCUCUCCUUAUUUAUAGCUAAAUGCACUCCGAAUUAUACAUUCAGCCAUUUAGACUGUGUUGAUUAUUUUGUCAGGGCUCAGAGAUUAGAGGUCAGCUGUGUGCGCAUGAAUCAUGCCAGGGGUCAUCAUCUGUCAUAGGGGUUGACCUAUACACCUCCUGAGGAGAGGUGAGACCAAACUUCCUAGUCCUGUUGCAUGUGUCCAUCAGACAGCCAGUGCUCUCUGUUAUAAAUAAAAUAAUUUUGUAUCGGGAGACGAGAAUGAGCGUUUCUUAUUAGACAAGUCCAGGGAUGUCCCUCCCCGUUUCAGUCCGUUUUCUUCUGAUAAUGAACACUUGGUGUUACAGAACGUUCUGAUAUAAAUGUAUUGUGUAGAACAAAUCUGAUUGUCGGUCAUGUAGACUAGAGAACCGUGUCUGCUCUAUUCGUUCCAUUUCUAUUUUGCAACGUUCAGAACAUAUAAUGAGUACACCCCAGAGUGGCCUGGACGGAGACUUCAGGCCUUGUAGAUGAGUUGUGGAAAUAAAUAAACACCAAAUGUUUCCAUUUUAAUCUGGAAUUCCUGUUUUUCUGAUCGCUUUCUAAUCCUAUAUUAUUGGAAUCAACCUACCCCGAAGCAAAUAUCAGACAUUUCACAUUUUCCUAUGUUGUCCUGAUCACAUCCCUGAUUUCGAGACAUUGCCUCUCAUUCCAUUGGUACGCGUGGAUUGGCUGUGUUCCUCUUGGGAGGUCAUCCAUAGAGUGAGUGUUUUCCUCUAGGUUGUUUUCCUUUCGACACAAACACUCGGUUUGUUUGGCCGUCUGCCUCAAUAGUGGAAUUCAAUAGAUGUUUUUACUACGCUGCCUUGAUUUAGUUUCUCAGAAAUCUAAUUUCAUAAUAUUUGCCAACAUUCACCCUCAAACGGAUAUCGGCUCCAAUAUCCAACCAUAAAUAUUUAGGAGGUGAAUAUGUCUGUUUUUAUUCACACACGGACAGACGGGCAGAGACGGUUAGAGACGGACACUGAAUAUGUUUAGCUGAAUAUUAUCAGACUAUUAAACUCUCUCAUCAUCCCUGGUCACUAGGUCAGGCAGUUGCAGAAGGAGAGUGGCACAGCGGAGGAGCACAGUCUGGAUAAGGAGGCACGGAAGUGGGCGACCCGAGUGGCACGAGAACACAAGAGCAUCAUCCACAGUCAGAGGGUGAGAGAGAGGGAUUGAAAUAAAAAAGCAAGAGAAAGGGAUAGCCUAUAUUUGCUGUGUCUCAGAGUAGGAGUGCUGAUCUAGGAUGAGUUUUCUGCCUUUUAGAUAAUAAUUUAGUAAGAUUACAUGGAUUUAUAGAGACUUUAUGAAUACGGGCUCAGAUCCGUUCAACUUCAGUACACUUCCAACUGACUCGACACAGAGUUAUCAUUAGCCCCAAUAUAAAAGACUAAUAAUUAAUCAGUUUUAUGAUGCCUGCACUGUGUCAGAGGGAAGUGAUAACUUUGAACGUUGAGGAAACGUUUAACCAUCGCCCUACUGGCCUGAUGGUUUGUUGUUAAACCUUGGAGAUAAGAAAACGGAUGUAGGUAGUUCUUGGCCAAACUCCGACAAGUGUUUUCCAGUAAACCAGGAUGUAACAUGGCCCUUUAACAACCCCAUUACUGGAAAUUAUAUUAAAUUAGUCAUGUUAUAACUGUGAUAGUUUUACAAUUUCUUCUAUUCACUGUAAUGUAUACCAGUUAUUGCUUGAUUAUUUCAGCAUUUCUCAUUUUCAUGGCCAUAUUGUUUUAGUAUUUCCUACUUUUGAUUGUGAUCUGGUUUUGGUUUCUCCUUUUCACUGUGUGGUGGUGUAGUUUAUUUUAUGAUUUGUCAUAGGCUGUGUCUCAAAUGGAACCCUAUUCCCUACUGUACAAAGUGCACUAUGUAGGGAAUAUGGUGCCAUUUCAGACGCCACUAUUAAAGAUUGAUUUGUUCUGUACAUGUUACCUGUGACUUUUCAGGCCCUGGAGGAGUAUGGGACACAACAGGGACUGCCGGAGCAGAACCACAGCGAGCUGGAGCUCAAGAUGGAGGAGGCCAGGGAGAACCUGCGAAGAGCAGAGGUUAACUUGUGUGUGUGUGUGUGUGUGUGUGUGUGUGUGUGUGUGUGUGUGUGUAGUGAAGGUUAGUUGGUGUGUUGGGAUGAGGUAGUCCUGCCUGCAGCGUAAAAUGUGUCACCCUUGGCCCAAAAGGACUGGUUAAGACGUUGGUUUUCAGAGCAGGAGACCAUGGUUACGAUCCCACCAGUGCUCACGCGUGCGUGUGUGAUCACUUACUGAGGUUUGUUUAUCAGUGGGCCAGCAGGUUCUCACCUUAGCCUCUCUUGCCUCUGAUGCCCCCUGCUGGUGGAUAAGGCAGAAUACAUAAAACAUAGUUCUAAUGGAGCUUUUUAUUAUAACAUGAGUCAUGACUAGAGUUUCAAAAUCCCAGCUUUUCCAGAAAUCCCAGUUCGUAGAUUCCUGGUAUUAGGAGGGAAUAAGAAUGAAAUUCAUAAUAUGACAAAACAUGCAAUGAUGUCACUAACUCCAGACCGUGAAGCUGAAGGCGGACGCUCGUCUGGCCCUACUGAGAGAUGCAGGAAUCACCGUGGAGACAUGGCUGAAGAGUGCCAUGAACCAGGUGAUGGAGGAGCUGGAGAACGAGCGGUGGGCCAACCUAAAUGCAAAUGAUCCUUCACUCACCGUGAGUCACAAACACACAUUAUGUAUUCAAAUACGAGACAAACAUUACUUUUUUUUCUCAGAUCUUUGUGCAUACACUCAAACACAUCUCAAUUUGUCAUUUUGUCCCCUGUAUACCUGCCUACUGAAAUUUGCCGGACUCAGGUAAAUCACAUGAUAAGGAAGCUGAGGUGCAUGUUUAAGACACUGUUUCUCAACCUUAAGGUGCUAGUUUAGCCUGUGCUGUGCUGUGUUUGUGUUUGAGAUUGACUAGCCUUGUGAAACCUGACUGACAGCAUGUGAGCUUGCGAGAUCAGGCUGGUUUAACACAGCUACAGAUUUUGCAGUCACUGAUCACUGAUCUACAAAUCACCUUCUCACUAUGGCAAGUGUCAAACUCAUUCCAAAGAGGGCCGAGUGCAGGUUUUUGCUCCUUCCUUGUACUUGAUUGAUGAAUCAAGGUCACUAAUUAGCAAGGAACUCCUUUCACCUGGUUGUCUAGGUCGUAAUUGAAAAGAAAAACCAAAAACCUGCAGACACUAGGCCCUCCAUGGAAUGAGUUUGACGCCCCUGCACUAGGUGAUCAAAGGUAUCGAUUCUGCGGCUUCCCUUGCUCAAAGGGAUCCUCUCCAACAUGCUGUGUGUGUCUUUAGGGUACAGGUGACCUAGAGGAGGAUGAGGAGCUGGAGGAUAGUGGAGAGGUGUUGGACGACAGCAGCUCCAGCCCCUCCAGUACCCUCAGGAACUACCCCCUCACCUGCAAAGUGCUCUACUCAUACAAGGUACACAAAAUCUUUAAGCUGGCAAUUACCCCAGCGCCUUGGAUGCGGUGCAGUAUGGUACCGUAACUCGUACCACAUAGGUCCUGUGAGCAGCACACCUUAUAAUAUUGAAGUUCUUACUUCACAAAUACAGCUCCAACCUACAAUAUAUUCAUGGAAUUUACUGUGGCAGUCUAGCAGUAAUAAAACAUGACCUCCUUCCUCUCCCUACUCUCCCAGGCCUCUCAGCCAGAUGAGCUGACCAUCGAGGAACAGGAUUUGCUGGAGGUUAUUGAUGAUGGGGACAUGGAGGACUGGGUCAAGGUACAGAGUGCUGUCCAAGAGAUGCACUACCUCUCAGUUUGUGUUUUAACUAGAAUAAAGCAAGAGGUACUCUGAAGUCAUAUCAUACGCCUACACACCAGGGGUUGUGUCCAGUGGGGAGAAAAUGUUUUGAAAUGGGGAGGUGCUACUUCAACUUGUCCAAUAAGAACUUAGUUUUGUUUUCCAUUACAAAACAUGUUGCUACGGUGUGCCCCACUAUCACUGACGGUAACCCUGUGUGUGUUCCAACAUUGUCUCUAGGCCAGGAACCAGACGGGCCAGGUGGGCUACGUCCCGGAGAAGUACCUGCAGCUGCCCUCGUCCAACAGCCUAAUGAGCAUGCUCCAGUCUCUGGCCGCCCUGGACGCUCGCUCCCACUCCUCCAGUAACUCUACGGAGCCUGAGCUGGCCGAGUCAGAGCUGCCCACGCCGGGCACACCUAGCGUCAACGGAGACUCCAGCAGUGGUGAGAGACAGUGAAUUUGUCCGAAACGUUUGGAGCAUGACUCAACAUUCGCUCACAGGCGAAUCCUGACCUUCACUUAAGUCAGAUUUUCACUUAGUCAUGCAUUGAUGUCAGUGGGAGAUAAAAGGAAAUUGGACUUAUGUAAAAGUUAGGAUUCGCCCCACAUUGAAUAAACAAUGUCCUUCCCUCUUCCACUUCCCCUUUGCACCUCCGCUCUCUCCCCCUCUCCCUCCCUCAGUCUGCUUCGCCAAGGCCCUGUACGACUACGCGGGCCAGACGGAUGAGGAGCUCUCGUUCCCUGAGGGCGCCGUCAUCCGUGUGCUGAGCCGCGAGACCCACGAGGAUGACGGCUUCUGGGAGGGCGAGUUCAAUGGCACCGUUGGUGUCUUCCCUGCCGUGCUUGUGGAGGACCUUCUGGCAUCAGGCGGUGCCGGUGGAGACAGCGAGAAUGGCGAUGGCCAAGGAGAGGCAAGCAGCAGACCGCAGGUACACACAUGUAUGCAACCACCUUAGGAGCUGUUUACCAUAGAGAUGGAUAGAGGAAUAGUGCCCAAAAGCCCGUUUUAGCAUGGGCAGCGCCAUUGAGGAAUUCCUAUGGGUUACCACUCACCAUUUUUAAGUAGUCAACUGGGUGGGACUUCCUAUGGGUUAAAGAAGGAUCGCAUAAUUCCACCCAGGUUAUCAGGAGCCAACCUUGGCUUUAUACCUGUUCAAACAACACACUCCAGGUGGCAGUAUGCACCCUUUCAGUUUGUUUACCAACUCCUAGAAGUAGUAGAAGAAGAAAAUGUACCACUUCAAAAUGGAGAUGGCCUCAAUGGCGCUGCCCAUGCUUUCACAGACGCCAUAAUGGGACAGAUGCAAUGUUGUGUCCUCUAACUAUCUCUAUGCUAUUUACACACAUGAAUCAAUGAAUGGACACUUAAAGGUCUUGCUCACAUUCUCAUCCAUACAUUUACAUCAUAAAGAUACUGUAUAACAGUAAUCAAUAUAUUACUGUUUUAUUUAAUUCUGUGGAGUGCGCCGUCUUACAGGCGUCCCCCUCUCCUCUUUCCGAGCGCUCUCCGCAGAGCCCUUUCCAUCUGGGCCCACUCCACAGCAGCCCCUGUCAGAGCAGCCCCCUCCUGACCCCCACGCUGCCCUCGCUCCAGUCCAGCCCCUCCAGUGCCAGCGCUUCGCCCAUACCCCGCCCCCCCUCCAUCAAUGGCCACCAUAGGGCACCACCCGCACCACUCAAAGGCCACUUGCAAAGUAAGAACCACUCCUCAAAGGCUGACUAUUUAUUAUUUUGCACAUCAAAUGUUAUCGCAAUGCACAUCAUUCAUUGCCUGGUCCCAGAUCUGUUUUGUGCUGUAUUAUAGUCCGUGGCAUGACAACAAACAUAGGAGUUGGCAAGACGGCACAACCAGAUCUGGGACCAGGCUAUGUUAUUUAUCAUAUUAAAUGCACACAAAAUAGACCAUGUAAAAAAAGUAGGGACAUGGACAAGUAAUAAACAACAGCAUGGAUUUUAAGAAUACUCAUUCCGACAUUUGACAUAUCUGUUCAAUAGGGCACAAUGUCACUACCCUGUAGUGAUUUCUAUGCCAAGACGUGGUGCUGAUGAUUCUGUCUGCCCUCCUCACCUUCAGGUCCUGCCCAGAGCUCCACCCAGCCCCCCAGGUACCCAACAGAUGGUGGUGCGGGGGGCACCAUUCGACCUGUAAGUCAUCACACACACACACACAAAGCAUCGUAAAUACUGUAUGGAUACUGACCCUUGUCCGGUUUGAAAAUACACUCGUUGAGGUUCCACUUGGAGCUCAAAGGAAUAACUAGCUGUUUGUAUGUUAUGGACAGGUCCGUGCUGCUCCGCCGCCCCCCAAGCCGCAGCAGCCUCAUGGCCAGGUGAAGAGGAGGGAGGAAGUGGAGAUCACGCUGGUGUAACGACGCCGCCCUGGGGGCGGUGGCUGCUCCCCACAACCAGAUCAGACCAGACCUGGUGGAUCCAGGUCCCCGACCGACUGACCCCCCCCUCUCUCUCAGGGAGGGACAAGAGACUCCAGAGCCCCUGAACCAGCCUGCCCAGCCAGGGGGUAUCCCCACUCCCCACCAGAGAGGCUCCAUGAGGGGGCCCGAGAUUUGGUUAGUCUCCCGCCACACAGUCCAAAGCCAGUAGGGCUGAAACGGUGUGCGGUGCGGAGAACCCAAACAAUUGUGCAAUUGACACAGUUUCCAAAUUCCAACUCCACAUCCCACUUUUCUUUAUUAUUUUUCUCUAGUCUAUACCUCUCUCAUUCUCUCCCUCUUUAUUUGUGCUGUAAACACUGUUUUCUCUCUCUACCUCCCUCUUUCCCUUUUUAUUUUUCUCUCUCUGUCUAGCUCCCUCACCUUCAUAACUGGGCAUUGAGCAAUGGGGGGUCUUGCCUUGUUGUUCGAGCAAGAUAUCGCCAUUGGAUUAUUAUACGACAAAAACUAAUUUUGUGGGAGGAUUGUACAUCUGUCACAAUGUUUUUAAAAAACACAGCUAAAGUCCAAGACAGAUCUCUGUUUGGUUGUUGGUGGAUUGUGUUAUUGUCGUCUCCGCACAUUUCAGGGAAAUUCUCAACACGGCAGAGGCUGGUACCACUCCUGUACCUGAAAUACGUCUUUAGAAAAAGUGUUUUCAACAUUUCAUAAACAAGGGAAAAGUGGCAAUUUUGGAGGGGUGUAAUUGUUUAAGAUAGGAAAAGCCCCAUUGAGGGCAAAAUCUGGUUCACACUAUGUGAAACUAGAACAAAACUGCCCCUGAAACUUAUAUUCCUACUCUUCAAAAUGUAUUUGUACAAUUUCCUUGUAUUAUAACGUGGGACAUUUCAAGACGGCCAGGGGCAAUCGGUAGUGUAUGUAUGAGUAAAUGUAGACUAUCUUUGUGCUACUUGUUGUUGUAAAUAUACAAGGAUAUACAAGGAUACAUUUACUCAUACAUAUAAGGAUCUAACUAUGUUGUCAUCAAUACUAAUCUAGGCUUAAACUAGCCAAUAAUGGUUGCUGGUGAGAAUAGUUUUUUCAGUCAGGAAUGCAGACUGGGUCGCAGUUCAAGACGGAAUGCAUCGCAAGGUGAUUCGGAGUUGUGCGGUGCGUCAUACGCGGGUGCGUCCCUGUGUCAGACCAUGGGUCAGACGUGCCUUCAAGUUCCCGGAGGAGAAUCACCUUAGUUCC